AGCCGUGGGCACAGCAUCCCUGGCUGGGGCGCAGGCAGCUCCCUCCUCUUCCCUCUGUCUGUCUCACUCUUUCUCUCUCCCUUUCUCUUUCUCUUUCGCUCUCUCUUUCCCAUUCCAUCCAUCCAUCCGCCUGCCUGCCUGCCUGCUAGACACCCCCAGGAGAGUCUGGGUCAUCCAGACUGAGACGCCCAAGCCGCCAACAUGGGGUACGGCCGCUCAGAUAGCUACCGCGUGGCAACCACGCAAGACAAGCACGAUGAGAACCCUUCGCCAAAGAAGACCAAAGCUCAGCAGAAGGUCCGAGAUCUGGAUGAUCUUAAGAAGGAGGUGGCGAUGACUGAGCAUAAAAUGUCCAUUGAAGAAGUGUGCCGGAAAUACAACACAGACUGUGUGCAGGGUCUGACCCACAGCAAAGCCCAAGAGUUCUUGGCCCGAGAUGGCCCCAAUGCACUCACCCCGCCACCCACCACUCCCGAAUGGGUGAAGUUUUGCCGCCAGCUGUUUGGGGGUUUCUCCAUCCUCUUGUGGAUCGGUGCUAUCCUCUGCUUCUUGGCCUACGGCAUCCAGGCAGGAACUGAGGACGACCCAGCAGGAGACAAUCUGUACCUGGGUAUCGUCUUGGCUGCUGUUGUCAUCAUCACUGGCUGCUUCUCCUACUACCAAGAAGCCAAAAGUUCUAAGAUCAUGGAGUCCUUCAAGAACAUGGUGCCCCAGCAAGCCCUGGUCAUCCGGGAAGGCGAGAAGAUGCAACUCAAUGCCGAAGACGUGGUGGUUGGCGAUCUGGUAGAGGUGAAAGGGGGAGACAGGGUCCCGGCGGAUCUCAGGAUCAUCUCGGCUCAUGGCUGUAAGGUGGACAACUCUUCAUUGACUGGUGAAUCAGAGCCACAGACACGAUCUCCUGAUUGCACCCAUGACAACCCUCUGGAGACAAGAAACAUCACUUUCUUCUCUACCAACUGUGUAGAAGGCACGGCACGCGGGGUCGUCAUCGCCACAGGGGAUCGCACCGUGAUGGGCCGAAUUGCCACACUCGCCUCGGGCUUGGAGGUUGGCAAGACCCCCAUUGCAAGGGAGAUCGAGCACUUCAUCCAGCUGAUCACCGGCGUGGCUGUCUUUUUGGGGGUUUCCUUCUUCGUCUUAUCUCUGAUUCUGGGCUACAGCUGGCUUGAAGCCGUCAUCUUCCUCAUUGGCAUCAUUGUGGCCAACGUCCCUGAGGGGCUUCUGGCUACGGUCACCGUGUGUCUGACCUUGACAGCCAAACGCAUGGCCCGCAAGAAUUGCUUGGUGAAGAACUUGGAGGCCGUCGAGACCCUGGGCUCCACCUCCACCAUCUGCUCGGACAAAACAGGGACCCUGACUCAGAACCGUAUGACCGUUGCCCACAUGUGGUUCGACAACCAGAUCCACGAGGCUGAUACUACUGAGGACCAGUCUGGCACGGCCUUCGACAAGAGUUCUGCUACCUGGGUGGCUUUGUCCCACAUUGCAGGGCUUUGCAACCGAGCUGUCUUCAAGGGAGGUCAGGAAAAUGUGCCCAUCCUCAAGCGUGACGUGGCAGGAGAUGCUUCUGAGUCCGCCCUGCUAAAGUGCAUUGAGCUCUCGUCUGGAUCCGUCAAGCUGAUGAGGGAGAAAAACAAAAAAGUGGCUGAGAUCCCUUUCAACUCCACCAACAAAUACCAGCUCUCGAUUCACGAGACAGAAGACCCCAACGAUAACCGCUACCUGCUGGUUAUGAAGGGCGCACCUGAGCGCAUCCUUGACCGAUGCUCCACCAUCCUCCUCCAAGGCAAAGAACAGCCCCUGGACGAGGAGUUGAAAGAAGCUUUCCAGAAUGCCUACCUGGAGCUGGGAGGUCUUGGCGAGAGGGUGCUAGGUUUCUGCCACUUCUACAUGCCCGAGGAACAGUACCCCAAAGGAUUCGCCUUUGAUUGCGAUGAUGUCAACUUUACCACCGAGAACCUCUGCUUUGUUGGGCUCAUGUCCAUGAUUGAUCCUCCCCGCGCUGCUGUGCCCGAUGCUGUGGGCAAAUGCCGAAGCGCUGGCAUCAAGGUGAUCAUGGUAACAGGUGACCACCCCAUCACUGCCAAGGCCAUUGCUAAAGGUGUGGGCAUCAUCUCUGAAGGUAACGAGACUGUGGAAGACAUUGCUGCCCGGCUGAACAUCCCCGUCAGCCAGGUCAACCCCAGAGAUGCCAAAGCCUGUGUGAUCCAUGGCACCGACUUGAAAGACAUGGGCACAGAGCAAAUUGACGAGAUUCUGCAGAACCACACGGAAAUUGUCUUUGCCCGUACGUCCCCCCAGCAGAAGCUCAUCAUUGUGGAAGGUUGCCAAAGACAGGGUGCAAUUGUGGCUGUAACAGGCGAUGGUGUGAAUGACUCUCCUGCCCUGAAGAAGGCCGACAUUGGGGUGGCAAUGGGGAUUGCUGGUUCCGACGUCUCCAAGCAGGCUGCCGACAUGAUCCUCUUAGAUGACAACUUUGCCUCUAUUGUCACUGGAGUCGAAGAGGGACGCCUGAUCUUUGACAACCUGAAGAAAUCCAUUGCCUACACCUUGACCAGCAACAUCCCUGAGAUCACCCCCUUCCUGCUGUUCAUCAUGGCCAACAUCCCUCUGCCUCUGGGUACCAUCACCAUCCUCUGCAUUGACUUGGGCACUGACAUGGUGCCAGCCAUCUCCUUGGCUUAUGAAGCAGCUGAGAGUGACAUCAUGAAGCGACAGCCACGAAACCCCAGGACUGACAAGCUGGUGAAUGAGAGGCUGAUCAGCAUGGCCUACGGGCAGAUUGGAAUGAUUCAGGCGUUGGGCGGUUUCUUCUCCUACUUUGUGAUCUUGGCCGAGAACGGGUUCCUUCCAUCUGUUCUCGUUGGCAUCCGCCUCAACUGGGAUGACCGGACAUGCAACGAUCUGGAAGAUUCGUAUGGGCAACAAUGGACCUACGAGCAGCGCAAAGUGGUAGAGUUCACCUGCCACACAGCCUUCUUCGUCAGCAUCGUGGUGGUGCAGUGGGCUGACUUGAUCAUCUGCAAAACCAGAAGGAAUUCAGUCUUCCAGCAGGGCAUGAGAAACAAGAUCCUUAUUUUUGGCCUCUUUGAGGAGACUGCCUUGGCCGCCUUCCUGUCCUACUGCCCCGGCAUGGAUGUGGCGCUGAGAAUGUACCCCCUGAAGCCCAGCUGGUGGUUCUGCGCAUUCCCUUACAGCUUCCUCAUUUUUGUGUACGAUGAAAUCCGUAAACUUAUACUGCGCCGUAACCCAGGAGGAUGGGUGGAGAAAGAAACCUACUACUGAGUCUCCUCCCUUGUCCGUGGCUGGUUGUCUCCCCUUAAGGGGGAGUGCUCUCCCCUCCAAAAUUCUGCCUAUCCUCCCUGCCUAAUUAUGAGAGAGAGAGAGAUUGAGAGAGAGAGAGAAAGAGCCUGAUGCCAGGAUCAUAAGUUCGGACACAGAAACAACAAAACCACGUCCCCCGCCUUCAUUUCCCCAGACCCCAGUGGCUGAGAUGGGAAAGCCAUCCUGUCUCAUCCUGCACACAUGUCCCAGGAUGGAGGGGUGCGGUGAGGAGGGGAAAACCGCCACCCCACACACACCUCAACCUCUGCUCUCUGCCAUAUUCUUCCUUUAGUUUUUCGGAGCAGCCUGGUGGGGGGGAGGGGGAGGGGGGCAUGGGUGUGUGUGUGUGAGGGGCAAUAUUUAUUUACCUCGGCAAAACCCAUUUUCACCCACCAACCAUUGCCCCGACAUCAAAUUUUCCCUUCCAUAGCUGGGAUUGAACCCGGGGACCAGCAGCACCCCCAAAACAACAUGCCUCGGAUUACGUGAGCCAAACGGGACAGGGUUUCGGGCGGGCGGGCAGGGGUUUACUGUUAUCUGGUUAGCAGUAGUAAAGCUUUUGACCCCCCAGGUUUGGGGAGGGAAACUCCUUUUGCCCCCCUACCCUCGUCAUUUCCCAUUUUCUCCCCCCCCCCCCGCUCCUGUGGGGGAUAUGUGUGUACAUGUGUGUGUGUACGUGUGUGUGUGUGUGUACGCACGAGAGGGGAACAGAGGUCAGCCAUGGGUGACCCUCAACUGCCCAUCUACGCUUCCUUGGCCUCCCUCCUCCUAUCAAGUUUUUUGGGGGUGUGUGUGUCGGGUGGUGAGUGUUGCAGCACAAAGGCGAACAACAACAAAAACCUUUCAAGAACAAAACGCGCCAGGAUUUCUCGUCCCCUUUUCUCCUGGCUCCCGCACCCCUCCCCUCUCGACUCGGACUCCCGCUAGAUGUGUAAAUGAAACCCAGGAGUCCGGAGUCCCUCUCCUCUGCAUGUACAGAUUUGCUCUCAUAGGACCAAGACAGCAGCUUUCUCUCCCCCCCCCCUCCUCUGUGUGUGUGUGUGUGUGUGUGUGUGUGUGUGCGUGUGUGUGUGCGUGUAUGCGGGGGCCAGGUUGUUACCCUUCUGUCCCAAGGUAACCCAUCGAGAGGAAGCGGGGACCCUCCUGGCAGUCAUUCCCACUGGUGCUGAACACCACCCUCUCCCCUUGGGCGGACCUUUUCCCCAUUUCCUUGGCCCACAACCCAGUACAGAGCAGAGACCUCAGCCAUAGCCCCCUCCCCAGGAGAAAAUGUGCCCUUCCUCAUCUACCCUGAGGUGGGAGUAGAGGGACCCUCUGGCUUCUGACUGGGUGAGGCAACUUCACCUCUGUGUGCCCCCCCUCAAUAAACCUUUAUUUUCUUUGUGUUUCGGGUGGGGAGGGGAGUGGGGACACAAAGCACCCGUGGGGGGGGGAGAUGUAGUCUGUCCUGUCCCAUCUCCCCUUCCCAUUUUGGGAUUGUGUUGUCAUGUGAACCAACAAAAACAAGGAGGAAAAAAAACCGAUUUAACAAAUAAAAACCAGAAGUGGAAUAUUUAAUAUAUGAGAUAUAGCAGUCUCAUUACAUAUA